UUUGGAUAUAUGUAUUAGUGCAAUAUCCAAACAAAAAAAUCUAUCCUGUUAACCUUGCCCUAUAGCUGUACUUUCUACCGCGAUUCGACUCGAGAAUUAUCAAAUUUAAUUCACAUCAAAUUGCAUUAAAAAUGGAUAAAUGGUACGACGAAAUCUACAACACGAUAACGGAAGAUGAUCAGUUUGAAGAUUUACUCGAGUUUAUGAUUACAGGUAUGUUUUUCGUUAUAGAAAAUCACUAUCUGUGAGAAUGAACAAAUUCCGUAUUUAAUUCCUGAAAGUUGCAUUAAAAUCGUUUUUUUUUUUUGUUUUAUGGAAUUAGAUGAAUGCAAAAUUAAAACAAAAUCGUGGAAGGGAUCGCAGCCCGGAAGACAAAACAUAAAAAGAGAUUUCGAAAAAGCACAGAAUGCAACCAUGCGAGAUUAUUUUGGUGAGCAACCAAUCUACGAGGAGCGGCUCUUUUUUAGGAGGUUUCGAAUGUCGAAAACCAUGUUCAUCAGAAUUCGCAACGAUAUAGAGGCUCGGAAUGAUUUUUUCAAAAAAAAAAGUUAACGCUGCUGGAACGCCAGGGUUGAGUGCUGAUUAAAAAUGUCUGUCAGCAAUUCGUAUGCUCGCUUACGGAUCGGCCGUGGAUGCAGUGGAUGAUUAUCUGAGAAUCGGCGCGUCCACAGCACUUCUAUCUCUUAGAGUUCUGCAAGACAGUAGUACAAUUGUACGAAAAUGACUACUUAAGAUCACCGACCAGUUCUGAUAUUGCUCGCUUGAUGGCAGAUAACGAAAAGAGGGGUUUCCCUGGCAUGAUCGGCAGCAUUGAUUGCAUGCAUUGGCAAUGGAAAAAUUGUCCUGUGGCACUCAAAGGACAAUAUCAAGGAAAAGAGGGCAAACCAACAAUUGUCCUUGAAGCCAUCGCCAGCCACGAUACACGUAUAUGGCACGCAUUUUUCGGAAUGCAUGGCAGUUUAAACGACAUAAAUGUGCUAGACAGAUCUCCGCUGUUGUGUACUGCUAUAAAUGGAAGCAUUCUGAACGGAACUUACGAGUUGCGUGGUAAGCGCCGUACAAAACGGUACCUCCUUGCAGAUGGGAUUUACCCUGAUUGGCCGAUUUUUGUAAAAACGAUCUCAAACCCGUCGACAGCCAAGGAAAAACUAUUUGCAAAAAUGCAGCAAUCCGUCCGCAAAGACGUGGAACGAGCGUUCGGUGUCCUACAGCAGUGUUGGCAUAUUAUAAAAACUCCAUGUCGUAUUUGGGAUGAAGAUACAAUUGCAAGCAUCAUGAGGACGUGCAUUAUACUGCAUAAUAUGCGCAUCGAACAUCGCGACAUUGAUGAGCACUGUAUAACAGCCAUGGAGAGUACGCAAAUGCCUUCCGCUUCUGGUGUGGAGUCUAGUAUCGUCGGGACUUUUGCAGAAUAUUGCAGUAUCAGGCCAGAGCUUAAAGAUGCAUCUUCAUAUAUGGAAUUACGGAAGGACUUAAUAGACCUUUCUCGUCCGACCUAACCCCCUUUUUUCUUAUUUUUAUUCAAAAGACUACACAUUUUACAUUUCUUAUAAAAGAAAUGUAUAGAAUUCGCUCAAACUUUCAAGAUUUUUUCCGAGGCCCGGCGGGCCGAGUCUUAUAUACCAAUCGACUCAGCUCGACGAUUUGGGACAAUGUCUGUGUGUGUGUGUCUGUGUGUGUGUGUGUGUGUGUGUGUGUGUGUGUGUAUGUAACGGACAAAUUCUCAUUCGUGUUUCUCAGCAAUGGCUGAACCGAUCUUAUCCAAACCAAUUUUAAAUGAAAGAACUAAAAAACAGUAUGAACGCUAUUAAUUUGUUUUUGAUUCUGAUGUUUAGUUUCCAAGAUAUGAAUGUUUGAAUGCGUAAAAAUGGCGUUUUUUGCAGUUUUUUGAAAUUAUCUGCCGAAAUUGACAACAUAGAUUAACAAUUUAUAUGUUUUUAGACAGCUUUAACGAAUACCUUUCGAACAAGCUAUAGAUUGUUGAAAUCGGACUAUUAUCAAAAGAGAUAUUUAACAUUAAAUGCGGACGAAAGAUUUUUAUCAUUUCCCAUUGCCAGAAAUGUGACCAAAA